GCAUUAACCACCACAGUAGAGCCUUCGAUCAGUAACCAGCGAGACCAGCAAGCAAGCGAGCCAUGGCAGCGACCUCCUCCUCCUCCUACGCCGUCGCAGUCGCUCUCCUCUGCCUGCUCGCCGCCGAUGGCUGCUGCGGCUGCCCUGGACCCGCACCUGCCCCCACACCUAGACCUAGACCUGCCCCCGCUACCCCCAGCCCCGUCGCCGUUACACCUCCACCUGCGCCCGCUACCCCCAGCCCAGGCUCCGGCUCCGGCAGCACCAACGGCUCCUCUGGCGGCUGGCUAGACGCCAGGGCCACCUGGUACGGCGCUCCCGAUGGAGCCGGGCCGGACGACAAUGGUGGCGCGUGCGGGUUCAAGAACGUGAACCUGCCGCCGUUCAACGCCAUGACGUCGUGCGGCAACGAGCCGCUCUUCAAGGACGGCAAGGGAUGCGGCUCCUGCUACCAGAUAAGGUGCGUGGGCAAGGCUCACCCGGCGUGCUCUGGCGUCCCCGAGACGGUGAUCAUCACGGACAUGAACUACUACCCCGUCGCCCGCUACCACUUCGACCUCAGCGGCACCGCCUUCGGCGCCAUGGCCAAGGACGGCCGCAACGACGAGCUCCGCCACGCCGGCAUCAUCGACAUGCAGUUCAAGAGGGUGUCGUGCGAGUACACGGGGUUGUCCGUGACGUUCCACGUGGAGAAGGGUUCGAACCCGAACUACCUGGCUAUCCUGGUGGAGUACGGGAAUGGUGACGGAGACGUGGCGCAGGUGGACCUCAUGGACGACGGCGAGCCGACAGGGCCGUGGGUUCCGAUGAGGCAUUCGUGGGGCUCCAUCUGGCGCCUGGACACGCGCCGCUCGCUGCGGGGGCCCUUCUCGCUGCGGGUCACCAACGGGUCUGGCAGGUCGCUCGUCGCCGACCAGGUCAUCCCCGCCAACUGGAAGCCAGAUGCCGUGUACAGCUCCGCCGUCCAGUUCGAUGAUUGAUUGAUCACGUUCGCUCAUCCCCAUGGAAAACAUGCACGUCCAUGCACACGUGCAUGGAUUUAUUGUGCCGAGACGUUGCUUGUGACGUCCGGUGUGUGUCCUUGUCUCGUCGUGUGCUAGCUUCGUAUUCUCUCUCUCGUCCCACAUACAUACGUGACAACUUUAGUUUAUGGGAUCUGGACGAGGCAGCUGGUUUGUGCGCUAUAAAUUUCAAUUUUUAAUUUACACAAGUAUGGCAGUGCC